AAGUGAGUUUGAAUCCUAAAUCCUUCUUUAAAUCGUCCUAUGAGUACCAUUUAUCAUCGUCAAGUUAAAUGAUUUACCGAGUAUAAUCGGCAAGUUGUUGGUCAAAAAUCACAUGCCCAAGAUCUAGAAUAACCUAACCCUAUUACCGGUGCACCAAUUCAUCCGAUCUACCAUCUCUCAGCCAGACGGUCGUGCGCUAUAUCGUUCUCUCCGUUUCCAGCUCCACUGGUCGGACGCAGUCUACACCACGCCGUUCGUCUAAUAUCAAACCCGAGUUAAAAUGGGGAAGAAGAAAUCUGAUGAGAUUGGAGCAGUUAAGGGUAAGGGGAUUGGGAAAGAUUCUUCCAAAGAAGUAAAAAAAGAGAAGAUUUCGGUCUCUGCAAUGCUGGCUAGUAUGGAUCAGAAACCAGAUAAGCCCAAGAAAGCUUCUUCUUCUUCUAGAACUUCUAAACAAGCUCCAAAAGUUUCGUCUUACACAGAUGGCAUCGAUCUUCCUCCUUCCGAUGAUGAAGAUGAUAUGGAUGGUGUGGGUCCGGCAGAAGUUGAAGCACAACAUGAUGAUGGUAAGCAUCCUGUCAGGGGGCGUAACAGAAAUGAUGCCGACAGUUCCCUGGAUGUCUCGAUAACGGACAAAGAGUUAAAGAAGCGAGAAAAGAAAGACAUGCUGGCUGCCCAUGCUGUUGAGCUGGCAAAGCGGGAGGCACUCAAGGAUGACCGUGAUGCCUUCACUGUUGUCAUCGGAAGCCGGACUUCGGUUCUUGACGGUCAAGAUGACGCGGAUGCUAACGUCAAGGACAUCUCAGUAGACAGUUUUUCUGUUUCGGCUCGAGGAAAAGAGCUCUUAAAGAACACAUCCGUGACGAUAUCUCAUGGUAGGCGAUACGGACUGGUGGGACCCAACGGAAAGGGUAAGUCCACUCUAUUAAAGCUGCUCGCUUGGCGAAAGAUUCCCGUACCGAAAAACAUCGAUGUCCUUUUGGUCGAACAGGAGGUGGUUGGUGAUGACAAAACUGCUCUUGAAGCUGUCAUUUCUGCUAACGAAGAACUCGUCAAGACCCGCCAAGAGGUUCAGAAUCUAUCCGCUUCUGUAGGUGACAAUGAAGAAGAUGACGAUGUGGCUGAUGACGUGGGAGAGAAACUUGCUGAGUUGUAUGAUAAACUGCAGAUAAUGGGCUCUGAUGCUGCUGAGGCCCAAGCAUCUAAAAUUCUUGCCGGGUUGGGUUUCACAAAGGAAAUGCAGGGACGCCCAACACGGUCAUUUAGUGGUGGGUGGAGAAUGAGAAUCUCACUUGCUCGGGCACUCUUUGUUCAGCCCACCCUAUUGCUUUUGGAUGAACCUACCAACCAUCUUGACCUUCGGGCGGUCCUUUGGCUUGAGGAAUAUUUAUUCAGGUGGAAGAAAACUCUCGUUGUUGUCUCCCAUGACCGUGAUUUUCUCAAUACUGUCUGCACCGACAUCAUUCACCUCCAUGACAUGAAGCUCCAUUACUACCGCGGUAACUUUUCUGUUUUUGAAGGUGGGUAUGAUAACCGACGCAAAGAGGCAACAAAAAAGUUUGAGGCAUAUGAGAAGGCGAUGAGGAUUGCAAAGAAAUCUGGGAAUCGUGUACAGCAGGAGAAGGUCAGGGACCGUGCCAAAUUUGCUGCUGCAAAAGAAUCAAAGAAAAAGUCAAAGGUUGAUGAGGAGGAUGAGCCUGUACCUGAGGCCCCACAUAAAUGGAAGGAUUAUACCGUAGAGUUUCACUUUCCUGAGCCCACUGAACUCACCCCCCCACUAUUGCAGUUGAUUGAAGUCAGCUUUUCCUAUCCGAACCGACCUGACUUCAGGCUCUGUAAUGUGGAUGUGGGAAUCGAUAUGGGGACGCGAGUUGCCAUUGUGGGUCCGAACGGUGCAGGAAAAUCUACUCUGCUCAAUCUUCUUGCCGGAGACUUGGUCCCAUCUGAGGGUGAGGUCCGGAGGAGUCAGAAAUUGAGGAUCGGACGGUAUUCACAACAUUUUGUGGAUUUGUUAACAAUGGAUGAAACACCGGUGCAGUACCUUCUCCGUCUGCAUCCGGACCAAACAGGUCCCAGCAAGCAAGAGGCAGUCCGUGCGAAGCUCGGGAAGUUUGGUCUCCCCAGCCACAAUCACCUGACACCCAUUGCCAAGCUAUCUGGAGGGCAGAAGUCACGGGUCGUUUUCACCUCAAUCUCCAUGUCGAAACCACACAUCCUGCUGUUGGAUGAACCUACAAACCAUCUGGACAUGCAAAGCAUUGAUGCGCUGGCGGCUGCACUUGAUGAGUUCACUGGUGGGGUCGUGCUGGUGAGUCACGACUCAAGGCUGAUAUCGCGUGUCUGUGAGGAUGAGGAAGUGAGUGAGAUUUGGGUGGUAGAGGAUGGAACCGUGACUCCAUUCCAAGGAACCUUUAGCGAGUAUAAGGAAGAUCUACAAAGGGAAAUCCGAGCCGAGGUUGAUGAGUGAUAAUAAUGUUUCCUUUCUCUCCUCCUCCCUCAUGAUAGUUGUUGCUCUUAUUAUGAUUUUGGUGAGUGUAAUCAUUUAUCUGUUGCGAAUAUACAAAACAUAUAUGAACUUUACUAGCCUGCACUUUGUAAAACACUGCAGUCUGCAUGCUGAUGAUUUAUAAAGUUUUUCUGAAGAUUGUCAUUUAAUGUGACCUCUUCAUGAGUGCUCUG